AUGAGAACUCUACCUGUGUCACUAUCCUCAAGUAUCAGUAAACGACAUAGAAUGCGCCUUCCACGAAAAGAUUGUCCAUACUUGUACCAUGACUCCGAGGAGUGGAAAAACCUUGUCGAAGGUCGAGAAGAAGAAGUAGAAAAGUAUUAUAUCCGUAUCUAUGAUCACUUAUCACCGUUACAGCGAACAAUCUUGACCCAACAUGCAGCAGAUGUUAAGAGCUACUCAGAUGAUCGGAAAUCGAUUGUUUCUAAAAUCAAGGCCACUCAAACUUAUCGUCUCGUCUCGUCUUCGUUCAAGAUGCUUUUCCGUAGCUUCCUUAUGAUUUGUGGUAACCCCUUGUCUUUCUUCACCCGUCCAUUCAAUACUAUGUACAUGAUCCUGUACUUUGGGGUCAUCUAUUCCGCGUUGUUUGUGUUGAACAUCGUUUUCCUUGCGGCACACGUUUUGGGCGUUGGAAAGGUCUUGAGUUACCUCGGGGGCAAGUACGGCGGUGGUUGGACUAUCAUCAAUUGGGUCGACAUCAACUUGUUUGACUCCAAGAAACAUAUUUUUGAUAACGCCUUACCUGCUUUGGGAAGUGACCUAGACGAGCACCUCCUUACAGUCGAAGAACACCCUGAGAUUGUCAAAGCACUGUCUAGCAAAUCUCUCGAGUUCAAUGUUGACAUCGCCAGAGCAAUCCUUCUAAUGUGCUCAAUCGUGUAUGAGCGUGAUACGGACUUUGUUCAAAAAGCUGCUCAUGCCAGCAGCUCGAAUACUCAACCUGAUGAAAGCGUGUUGUUUUUGAUCAAGGGCGAGGAACGCAUGCUUCAACUCGCUGAUGAGUGGGGAAUUAGUUUUGUCUCAGUUGCGGACUUUCAAAAGUUGUCGGGUCCAUUUGCUGCAUGUUUCUAUUCUUAUGAAAAUAUUGGGCAAUACGACAAUCCUUACAUAGUUUUGGUGAUGAAAGGAACCAGUCCAACUGAUUUCACUGAAUGGAUUCAAGAUUGUGAAUGCAAACUCGAAUCAGCCGGUGACUUCCUUGCUACCGGUAUGGCUCAUGAAGGUUUCUACGACUCCCUUUUUCCACCCAAGAGCUUCUGCCAUCAAGUUCUUCCUUACUUCCGUAUGAUUGAGAUGGUCAAAACUAUUGCAGCGGAGGCAUUUAAACAUACCGGCAAGAAAUGCAACCUUUUUGUAGGAGGACACUCUCUGGGUGCUGGGAUCGCAUCUUUACUAUAUGCUAGACUGCUUGAAACUCCAGAAGAUUUGGGAGACCAGAUUGUCUUGCGAGACGCUUACACUUUUGGUACACCUCGAACUUGUGAUGCGAGAUUAGCUUCAAGAGUCGAUUACAACUUGAACAAACCUAUCAAUCGGGGUCGGCAGAUGUGGCGUGUCUGCAAUCGUUCCCGCUCUCCCAUCAUUGGUGAUUGCGUAACACGGGUUCCUCCUGGAAUUGCCUCUAAUAGGGGUGUCCGCGGUGCGGUUAAAGACGGAAGCUAUUUCUCAUACUCAACAAUUGGUAUCCAAGUAGACUUGAAGCCUUUCCAAUUGGCUCCAUUUUACUCAAUCAUGGAGAUCCCAGCUGGUCACUGCGUGAAUGUAUGCAAACUUAGGGAUGAACCUGAGAUCGAGUUUGCUCGCAACCAAGAGAUGUCGCAGAUUGGCUUCCCCCAAGAUAUUGUUCAAAUCAGUAUGGAGCUUGUUGGAUUAUUCCUUCCGUUUUUACAUGAUCAUUUUCCGGCAAGCUACAUGGACGCUUUGAACAGAAUGCAGGCAAUGAUCGGUUCACAAUCAAAUAUUAACAAGCAAGAAGAAUCGAAGCAGCAAGAAUCGAAGCUUAAUGGAAGUACUCAUAUGUUAAGAGAUGCAGUUCAAAACAAUCGCCUCGCUUGA